ACCGUGGCUUCGGUGCACGACCGAGUGCACGUGUUCAUAUCGAGCGAGUCAAGCAGUAACACACACGCGACGAGCAGUAAUAAUUUAUCACAAUGUUUAUCUCAAUCAAUUUUCGUGCAAUUUGAAUAAAUAAAAGUGUAUCCAAGUAAAACUCCAUACAAAAUAAUAGCAAAUUCGAGAAUUCGAAUAUAAAACGUUUUGCCGGAAUACGACGGCAAUAAACAAGAAUAAGUAUUUGAUAUUUUGUUGUCACUACAAAAUGGAAAAAAAUCAUCGACUGUUUUUGAGAAACUUGUCGACUGAUGUUGAUAAAGAUUAUUUGGAGAAACUGUUCGGAGAGUAUGGGACAGUUACAAAUGUCGAUAUAAAAGAGAAAACUCAGAACGAUGGAAAAAAAAUUGGGUUUCUCAAUAUUACAACAACAGACAGGAACUUGAACGCGUGUUUCAGAGCAGCUAAUAAUAAAACGUCGGAAGGUUGGAGCAUUGACGUACAAGUAGCCAAAGAAAGUUAUUUGGAUCGUCUGAAGCGAGAAAGGGAAGAAGCAGCCAAAGGAGCGAAUAAUGCUUCCAGUCCAAAAUUUGGUACAAACAUUGACCACGGAGGCUGUGCCGGAAAUCAGGCCACGCAUGAAAUAGAUAUCAAAUUAUCCACCGGCAUAAAAAGUAAAGGUACAAAGAGAAAGUUUGAUUUCGAGGAUACAGAAUGGGCUGAGUCUCCGGUCACGGAAUCCACGAGUUUACCACAUUUUUUGGAGGAUCCUGCCCUGAGUACGGAGCCUGUCUCAAAUAAAAGACCGUUAACGAGUUUGCGAAAUAUCGCAGAACCUCCCUCCAAAGCGUUGCGACAACCAAAAAUACAAGAAAAUAAAGUUGUCCCUCAAUCAGAAAUAAAACGACAAGCUUCGGUCAAAGAGAAAAGGCAGACUUUCAAAUUGCACGAAAAAUUGAUAAGUCAAGCUCUAAAGGACGUGGACAGCAUCCGUAGAAAUAAAAAAGUCGUUUUUUCGGAGGACAUUGAUUCUACCGUUGACCAUGAAAAAGGAACGAGCAGUCCCAUGGCUGGACGCCGUGUGUCUCUCUUCCACGAUGAUGAAAACUCGGACGAUCAGGAAGACUGGAACAUGGAUAAAUUUCAGCACGACGAAAAACGCAAUGCCAAGUUAAAAAUGUCUUUGAGCAAUCCAAAUGGAGACGCACGCUUCGUUAUCGACGAGCGGUUUCUCGAUCAUGAGGAAGCAGAGGAAACAGAAGAAGAGAGAACCCAGAGCGAUCCGAUGGCGGCAGAAGUUGAGAACGAGAAGAAAUGGCAAUUGAACAUACUGGAAAAUGUGUUGGGAAAGCCGUUUAAAACAAGGGACGAGAAAAUUCCAGGAAAAAAACAAAACAAAAUGAUUCGUUACGAUCCAACCUCGAGUUGUCACCAGGAUCACGAAUUGGUCAUGGAAAAGCCUGUCUCGAAAGCAAAAAAAAUUAAAUCAACUAACGUUGUCGCUCAAGCAGAAGAAACGCCGAUUCCCAUUUCCAGCGAAGUAUUUUACGAGGUUUCGGAAAAUCUAACCGAGGCCCUCAACACCCAAGAAGAAUUCAGUCUCUUGAAAUCAUUUGGGACUGCGCCGAACAACGAUAAAAACAGUAAAGAUGAAUAUGCAACGCAAAAGAAAUCGGAGCAAAAUGGAGUGAAAAAUUCUUUCGUGCACGAUUCAUCGUCUGACGAAGACGAACCCCCGGUUCCGAUAACGUCGGUGGAUCAGCUCACCUGUGAACCAAAAGACCGAACGAAUGACAUCAGCGAUACUUUUUUCUUUGUCGCCGACGACCAACGCUUUCGCGAGGCCGAGGAAUUUUUCAACACAAGACCCUCCAUGGAAGAUGACUUUGCAAAAGUCAGACGUCAACUUAAACAAAUAGUGAGAUCAAAAAUUCGCAAUAACGUUAAGAAAAAUAAUCCUUGGAGGAACACGAAAGUUUCCAAACAGCCUAAAAUUCGAUAAUAUCUCCGAAUCUCUUCCGUACCUUCAACGACAUGGAACCAAUCGGUAUCUCGCAUACUGUUAGUGCGGAAGAGUUAAAUUCUCCGACACUAUUCGGCCCAUUACAAAAAGGCCGUUUCAGCGGAUUUUCUCCCAUCGUCUCGCGUCCGCUGACAAAGCUUUUUCGUGAUCGAUCGAACCGUGACGAAAAAUUUCAAUUUCGACAAUCCGAGGUGAGGCUGGACGAUUGGUCCAUACCAUACCCUCGAAACUACGAAACGACUUGUUUUAACUAUCUAGAAAAAUAAUACCAUGGAACGUUUCAUCGAUUUUUUCUUUCACCAAACCCACCACUCGAGUCCGAUCCAAUAUGAUUAAAUCGCGUUAUCUCCAAAAUCUAAACUAGAAAAAGCAUCGAAUUAAGUCAUGCACGAAACGAUUUUCUUAAGUAUUGAAAUUUAGACAGAGUUUAAAAUAAUCAAAUUUAUUUAAAGGGCUCGUCUUAUUGGUUAUUGAGAUAAACGUGUUUAAAUAUGCAGAAAAAUACACCGAGUUAUACAGACAA